AUGGUGUCUUCGUUCCCCGCGCUGUCGACGACCGCUCUCAAGACUUGCAUUGAGACCAAUCUGCCACUGUACUCAUCAAUUGUCCCAGCCAAGCUCACCAAGCUCGACGAAUUUCGAUACAACCUUCGUCCUCGUAAGAACGACAGCACCUCGUCCUCAGCACCGACUCUUUCCAAAGACGACUUGAUCUCUCUCGUGGAAUGGAAGCUCUCCCACGGCACCUUUCGUCCAGCGCUCAAGAAUCUCGUUGCGUCCAAUUCAGAUGACAUCACCACGGACACGAUACGUGAAGCAUAUGCUCUCAUUCCUGACGGUACAAUCGCGGAGAGCGAUGUAAAGGCCUCGCUUACCGUGUUGACGAGACUACGAGGCAUCGGACCUGCCACGGCGAGCUUGGCUCUGUCAGUGCUGCGGCCGGAUGAAAUUCCAUUCUUCUCCGAUGAGCUCUUCCGCUGGUCAAUGUGGGAGCAAGGCAAGGGGAAAGGCUGGGAUCGGCCAAUCAAGUACUCUGUGAAGGAGUAUUUGGAGUUAUUUCGCCUAAUUGCGGAGGCGCGGGAGAAUGCAGAUGGAGAAGUGAAGGCGGUGGAGCUGGAGAAGGUGGCGUACGUUUUGGGCAAGUCGAAUGGAGGCAAGGCGGGUACCAAGCGAGCUGCAAUGGAUGAGGAGAGUGAUGAGGUAAAGCCUGAGGUGCGCGAGAAGAAGAAGGUGAAGGUCGUCACGAAGCCCGAGAAGAGAUCGACAAGGUCGUCCACGAAGACAAAAGCCGAGGACUCGUGA